CUGCUAAACUGAUCUGUGAGCCGUCCUGUUUGUAAAUUUUACAGAUAUUUCUCCCUUUUUUUCCUGAAAAAACAUCAUGUUUGCGGUCAGAAACGCUCUCUGUGUCGGCUCCAGGUUGUCCAUCUGUAGGGUACUGAGGAGGGGAUGUGCCGGAGCUUCCAUCCCAGUGGACGAUGUGGUGAACGGACUCACAGAGGAGCAGAUACAGCUCCGACACAGUGUCCGUAAAUUCUAUGCAAAACAUCUUGCACCUCAUGCAGAUGAGAUUGACAAGACAAGUGACUUUCCAGGAAUGCGGGGUUUCUGGAAAGAACUCGGCGAGAUGGGACUCCUCGGGAUAACAGCUCCAGUGGAAUACGGUGGCACUGGGUUGGGUUUUUUAGAUCAUAUAAUUGUAGUGGAAGAAAUGAGCCGAGUAUCUGCAGCCAUCUCCCUUAGUUACGGCGCUCACUCCAACCUUUGUGUCAAUCAGAUCGUACGUCAUGCCAACGAGAAACAAAAAGAGAAAUACCUCCCAAAGUUGUUUACAGGAGAGCACGUAGGAGCCAUGGCCAUGAGUGAGUCUAAUGCUGGCUCUGAUGUCACGUCCAUGAAACUCAAAGCCACAAAGAAAGGCGACUACUAUGUGCUUAAUGGCCACAAGUUCUGGAUCACAAACGGGCCAGAUGCCGAUGUUCUUGUCGUUUAUGCAAAGACUGAUCCUGAGGCCCAUCAGAAGGGCAUCUCAACUUUCAUUGUUGAAAAGGGAAUGCCAGGAUUCUCUUCAGCACAGAAGCUGGAUAAACUGGGCAUGAGAGGAUCCAACACCUGCGAGCUGAUCUUUGAAGACUGCAAAGUCCCAGAGGAGAAUGUCCUGGGGAUUCUGAACAAAGGUGUUUAUGUGAUGAUGAGUGGUCUGCAGCUGGAGAGGCUUGUACUUGCAGCUGGACCUAUUGGUGUCAUGCAGGCAGUUAUCGACUUUGCCUUCCCCUACCUACAUGUCAGAGAAGCUUUUGGACAGAAGAUCGGACACUUUCAGCUAAUGCAGGGAAAGAUGGCGGACAUGUACACCAGGCUGAGCUGCUGUCGGCAGUAUCUGUAUAACGUUGCCCGGGCUUGUGACAAAGGACAUUUUAAUCCAGCGGAUUGUGUUGGAGUGCUCCUGUACUGUGCAGAGAAUGCUACUCAGGUUGCUUUGGACGGCAUUCAGUGUUUGGGUGGGAAUGGAUACAUCAACGACUACCCCAUGGGGAGAUUCCUACGGGACGCAAAGCUGUAUGAAAUCGCCGGCGGCACAAACGAGAUCCGUCGGCUCAUCAUCGGACGGACCUUCAACUCCAUGUUCAAAUAAGAAGAACUUGACUACUCACAACCACAGCCUUACACCGAGAUGAAUCCAUAAAUAAUGUGUAAAUACUGGGAAAUGGAAGCUGAAUGACAAGGUAGAACAUGUAAAAAUGUUGAUUUAAGUGUC